AUGGUGACUACAAGUAUAACACCAAAAGAAGAAGAUAUGGAGUCUGAGGAGAAGAAAACCACAAGUUUAACACCAGAAGAGGUAGAGAAAAGGAAAGAAGCUGAGUUUGAGGCUGUUUCGGCAUUGAUACAACUAAGCAAAGCUCAUCCAAAACCAAAGAACAAGAAGAGGAAGAGAGCUGGUAAAAGUCAGCUUGGAGAGGUGGAAAUCGCCGGAGAAUCAGCUGAUAAAAAACAGAGGAAGACCGUGGAGAAGGACGAUUCGGAAGAAACCCUAAGGGAGAUACUCCGGUGGAAAGGAACUAUUGAGGAAAAGCCUCAUUUCCUCAGUGAGCUCGACGUGGUUGGGGUUUGCAGCGAGCCGACGUGGAAGCAGUUGAUGGAGAGCGACGUGAACGAUAAUCAAAUCAGGCUCAUGUUAGGGAAGCUGCAAGUGAAGAAGAUGAUGCUUCAAGUUAUGGGAGAUACAGAAAGAGAUGGGACUGAUUUUGAGCUUGAGGUUUCGGUGUACGUGCGAGGCGGUGAGUUUCGUAAGAUGGUGUUCAAGACUUGGAAAGGCACGCCUGUGUUAACGAGUCCGGAAUGGAAGAAAUUUGUGAGUGAUCAUAAGCUCAAGAAGCAUUGUGAUUUCGUCACUGUUUGGAUGUUUAAGCACAGAGAGAGUCGUCAGGUUUGCUUUGCUGUUGAUGUCACUCGUCUUGCUGUUGAGAAACGGCUGAGUAACAGGAUCAUGAAGAUUACAAGUUAG